AUGGCCUCCACCUCUGCUCUCCGUGCUGCUCUCAAAAAGUCUGGCCCAUGGGCUACUCCGGCCUCGACACGCUUCAUGUCCUCGGCCGCCAAGCAGCAGACGCUCAAGGAGCGUCUCGCUGAGCUUAUCCCUGCCGCGCAGGCUCGCGUCAAGGAAGUGCGUACCGAGCACGGCCAGAAGACUUUCGGCCCUGUCCUUGUUGACCAGCUCUAUGGUGGUAUGCGUGGCCUGCCGGCCUUGAUCUGGGAGGGCUCCGUUCUUGACCCGGAGGAGGGUAUUCGUUUCCGUGGAAAGACGAUUCCUGAGAUCCAGGAGGCACUUCCCAAGGCCCCUGGUGGCUCUGAGCCCUUGCCCGAGGGUCUCUUCUGGCUCUUGCUUACCGGCGAGGUCCCCACGCAGGAGCAGGUUGCCGCCCUCUCGAAGGAGUGGGCCGCACGCGCGUCGAUCCCCGCCUUCGUCGAGGAGAUUAUCGACCGCUGCCCGCCUACCCUCCACCCCAUGUCGCAGUUCUCGCUCGCCGUUACCGCCCUCAACCAUGACUCCGCAUUCGCCAAGGCCUACGCGGACGGUAUCUCCAAGAAGGAGUACUGGGGACCUACCUUCGAGGACAGCAUGGACUUGAUCGCCAAGCUCCCCAACAUCGCCGGUCGCAUCUACCGCAACGUGUACGGCCAGGGCAAGCUCCCGGCCAUUGACGCUGAGAAGGACUACUCCGCCAACCUCGCGACACUCCUCGGCUUCGGCGACAACGCACAGUUCGUCGAGCUCAUGCGUCUCUACAUCACCAUCCACUCCGACCACGAGGGUGGUAACGUGUCCGCACACACUGGCAAGCUCGUCGGCUCUGCCCUCUCCGACCCCUUCCUGUCCUUCGCUGCCUCCCUCAACGGUCUCGCCGGCCCUCUCCACGGUCUCGCGAACCAGGAGGUGCUCGUCUGGUUGAGCAAGAUGCAGAAGCAGCUUGGCGAGGAUGCUUCGGACGAGGCUGUCCAGGAGUACAUCUGGUCGACCCUUAAGGGUGGCCAGGUCGUCCCCGGUUAUGGCCACGCCGUCCUCCGCAAGACGGACCCGCGCUACGUCGCUCAGCGCGAGUUCGCGCUCAAGCACCUCCCCGAAGACAAGCUCUUCAAGCUCGUCGGCCAAGUCUACAAGCUCGUGCCCGACAUCCUCCUCGCGGCCGGCAAGGCCAAGAACCCGUGGCCGAACGUCGACGCGCACUCCGGUGCCCUCUUGACACACUACGGCCUCAACCAGAUGCAGUACUACACCGUUCUGUUCGGUGUCUCGCGCGCAUUCGGUGUUGCCGCACAGCUCAUCUGGGACCGUGCGCUCGGUGCACCGCUCGAGCGCCCGAAGAGCUACAGCACCGAGGCUAUCGCGAAGAUCUUCAAGGAUAAGAACUGA